AUGCCAGGCCUCCCUUCCUCCGUCGACCUCGACGAAUGUAUCGCCCGUCUUUACAAGAAGGAACUCCUCGCCGAGUCGGUCAUCGAGGCGAUAUGCGCCAAAACAAAAGAGCUCCUCAUGAGGGAGUCCAAUGUUGUCCAUGUCAAAGCCCCAGUAACCGUCGUCGGCGAUAUCCACGGCCAGUUCUACGACCUGAUUGAGAUCUUCCGCAUCGGAGGUUUCUGUCCCGACACCAACUAUCUAUUUCUAGGUGACUAUGUCGACCGCGGCAUGUUCUCAGUCGAGACCAUCUCGCUGCUCGUAUGCCUCAAGCUGCGCUACCCCAACCGGCUGCACCUUAUCAGGGGCAACCACGAGUCUCGAGGCGUAACACAGUCUUAUGGGUUCUACACGGAAUGCUCGAGGAAAUACGGCAACGCCAACGUCUGGCACCAUUUCACGGACAUGUUUGACUACUUGACGUUGAGUGUGGUGAUUGACGACAGGAUAUUCUGCGUACAUGGUGGCCUCUCCCCAUCAAUCCACUCCAUCGACCAAAUCAAGAUCAUAGACCGCUUCCGCGAGAUCCCCCACGAAGGCCCCAUGGCCGAUCUCGUCUGGUCCGAUCCCGACCCCGAGCGCGACGAGUUCUCCCUGUCACCCCGCGGCGCAGGCUACACAUUUGGGUCACAAGUCGUGAAGAAGUUUCUCGAAGUCAACAAGAUGGAACACAUCCUCCGCGCCCAUCAGCUGUGCCAGGAGGGAUACCAGACGCUGUUUGACAACCAGCUGUCGACGGUGUGGAGCGCCCCAAAUUACUGUUACCGUUGUGGAAACAUGGCGAGUGUGCUGGAAGUGGGGGAGAACGGAGAGAGGGUGUUCAACGUUUUCGAAGCCGCGCCCGAGAAUGACCAGGUCAAGGACAUGCAGAUGGGGCAGGAUAAGAUGGGGGAGCAGGGGCAGUUGCCGGAUUACUUCUUAUAA